CCGGACGCUUCCCUUUCCCUCCCUCCGCUAGCGGCUGCUCAGCUCGUGCAAUAACGCGAUUGAACACAGCGAGUGCCAGCCCCUUUAAUUGAACGACCGAGCAUGCGCACAGUGCAACUGACUAAAAAUACUAGCAUCUGUCGGUCGCUAUACUUUCCCACACCAUUAGGUAGUGGAAACACUUUUUGUACAAGUUUCCGAUACUUGCUGACUACCUGAGGGGAUGUCAUUUUGCAUUCUUUUCAGCAGCGGUGAAUUAUUUUUGCCGCUUUGUGAAGAUGGGUGAAAAGUGAUAUUUGAAACGCGUUUCAGGGUAGGAAUGUAUGCGAGCACAAGAGUGGGGCCGACUUGUGUACUAUCUCAAGGGCUGGAACAGGUAUGCUUUGAAAAGCAUAGUAAACCCGAACGUCUACAACGACUAUUGCAGACUUGGCCUUUAAACUAUGUUUUGCCUCCACUGUUGCACUGUCGUCGUUGUUGUCGUGAUGCAAGUGUGUUCGGGGUCGGGGGUGUUCGAGCUGGGUGUCCUCUCUGUCAACAACCCCCGGGGGGAGCUCGCCAGCGGGGUGUGUUGUUCCGGGGGUAGGGGGAAGGAGGGGGUGUGCAGCACCCCUUGUAAGACCCAGUUCCGAGCCUGUCUCAAGGAAUACCAAUCUCGGGUGACACCCGACGGGACUUGUACGUUCGGGAAUGUGUCAAGCCUUGUCCACCACGGAAAUUCCUUCACCCUCCCGGAGGGAACCGGCAACACUCUGGAAUUACCCUUUAACUUUGCUUGGACCAGAUCAUACACAUUGAUAGUGGAGGCGUGGGACGUUGAACGAGAUGACGGGGCCUCCCUCAUAGAACGCGCAUCUCAUAAGGGCAUCAUUCUCCCCGGUCAAGCCUGGCACACCAUCACCCACAACGGCGCCACUGCACGACUCACCUUCCGAAUCCGGGUCGUGUGCGACACCCACUACUACAACACAACGUGCACCAAAUUCUGUAGGCCUCACAAUGACCUGUUCGGACAUUACAAGUGCGACUCUAACGGAGACAAGAACUGCAUGAAUGGCUGGAUGGGGCAAGAAUGCGAAACAGCUAUCUGCAUACCCGGAUGUCACGCAGUUCACGGUUCUUGCGAGAGACCGGGAGAAUGCAGGUGCGCCUACGGGUGGCAGGGCGACCUCUGUGAUCAGUGUAUCCCGUACCCGGGGUGUAGGCACGGCUCUUGUAAUGGCUCUCCGUGGCAAUGUGUCUGUCAUCUCAACUGGGGAGGCAUUCUAUGUGACAAAGAUCUCAACUUCUGUGGCCGCCAUCAUCCUUGUCGCAACGGCGGUCUGUGUCGUAACAUCAACCCCGAUGAGUAUGCAUGUACUUGUCCCAAAGGCUUCUCGGGAAGGAACUGUGAAAUAGCUGACCAUGCAUGUACAUCGUCACCAUGUGUGAAUGGGGGCAAGUGUGUGGAGAUACACACCGGCUUUGUCUGCAACUGCCCUCCCGGCUGGACCGGUACCAAGUGUGACAUCAAUGUUAACGAGUGUGCAUCCAAUCCAUGUCUCCACAAUGGUACCUGUGUUGACCAAGACAACAGCUACGACUGCGAGUGCCCCGAGGGGUGGCAGGGGCCCCACUGUCAGCUGGAUGCGGACGAGUGCAGUGGCAGUCCGUGUGUCAACGCGUACGCAUGUCACAACCUGGUUGGAGGCUACACAUGUGACUGUCAGCCUGGUUGGACAGGGAAGAGAUGUGAUCAAAAUGUGGAUGACUGUGCUGCUGUCAAGUGUCUUAAUGGUGCAUCGUGUGUGGACUUGGUGAAUGGUCACUACUGUGCGUGUAUCCCAGGAUACACUGGGGCUCGGUGUCAGAUCGAGAUCAACGAGUGUGCAAGUAACCCGUGUCGGAAUGGAGCCACGUGCCGCAACCAGCUGGCUGCCUACUCCUGCGACUGCCAUGAUGGCUACACUGGGGUCAACUGUGAGAUUGAUAUGGACCCCUGCAACCCCAACCCCUGCAAGCACGGGUCCAGCUGCUUCAACAUCCAGGGCGACUUCUACUGCCACUGUCGUGACGGGUUUGACGGCAAGGACUGCUCCCAGAUGCGAUCUACAUGUGCAGAACAGUCGUGUGAAGUGAUUGACAGUUGCACCAUUUCCAUCCCGUCGAACGAGUCCGUGGGCGGGUUCCGCCUCAUCUCGUCCAGCGUCUGCGGCCACCACGGCAUCUGCAUCAGCCAACCCAGCGGCCGCUUCUCGUGUGCGUGUGAGACGGGGUACACAGGAACCUACUGUCACGAGAACAUAGACGACUGUGCCAGCAACCCUUGUCAGAACAAUGGGACGUGCAUCGACGGCGUCAACUCCUACCAGUGCAUCUGCAUGGACGGCUGGGAAGGGGCGCUCUGCAAUAUCAACCGCAAUGACUGUGAGACCAACCCUUGCCGUAAUGGUGGCUCGUGUGUGGAUGACUUCGGCCAGUUUGUGUGCCAGUGUAUCAAUGGCUGGAAGGGCAAGACCUGCACUCUCACUGACAGCCACUGUGACGACACCACCUGCUCCAACGGAGGCAGCUGCGCGGACGUGGGCAACACCUUCGCCUGUGACUGCCAGGAUGGCUGGGUGGGGAACACCUGUCAGAGGCCGGCGGUGUACAGCUGCGACUCCUCCCCAUGCCGCUACGGCGGCACCUGUGUCAACAGUGGCGACAGCUUCACCUGCAUCUGCCGCGAUGGCUACGAGGGGCAGACCUGUGAGAAAAACAUCAAUGACUGCAACCCGUUUCCAUGCUACAAUGGUGGUACGUGCAUCGAUGACGUUAACUGGUACGUGUGUCGCUGUGCCAGGGGGUUCUCCGGUCCGGACUGUCGUGUCAAUAUCAACGAGUGUGCCUCCAGUCCGUGCACUUAUGGCAGCACAUGUAUUGAUGGCAUAGGAGAGUUCACCUGUAUCUGCCCCCCUGGGAGGACCGGAGACAGGUGUCAGACAGUGAUUGGCCAGAUUGCUUCCCCCAAUUCGUGUGUUCACGACCGGCGUAUUUACGGUGACGGGAGCCAGUGGGAGCACCAGUGUAACUCGUGUAUCUGUGACAAUGGCAAGGUCACCUGCAGCAAGAUCUGGUGUGGUCCGCGCAACUGUCUGUCUCACCCCAACACCUCGGAGCCUGUGGUCCACUGCAUGAACGACGAGACCUGCGUGGUGCAGACCAAGGAGAUCUGCUUCACCCCGCCCUGUCUGCCCUGGGGGCAGUGCAAGAAGGUGGACCACAUCAAGGACCCCGUCCCCCAGGGGCUGGAGACAGCCUGCACCCCCAACUCUGCCAACCUCGGCAACAACUGUGCCAAGAUCACUCUCGUCUUUGACAAAUCAAAAAUGCCUAUGGGUGUGUCUGUGGAGACAAUCUGCAACACUCUACGUCAGCUUCCCGUGCUGAGGAAACUAGCCAAUCACGAUGCUCUGUUCAUCAUGUGCGGGAUCAAGGAGGGUCAAGUGGACACAGUCGAGGUCACACUGUCCACAAAUGUGGCGAGUGGUGAGAUGGACCCCUUGAUCCACACGGCCAUUGACCGUGUGACCGAUGUGGUCAGCCACAAGCAGAGUAACAGUAGCGCCCUCUCAGCGGUCAGGGAAAUCCGGGUGGAGACAACGAUUGUCGACAGAGGCACAAGACCCAGCUACCUGAUUCCUUUGGUGUGUUCUAUCAUGGGCAUCAUCGGGGUUACCAGCAUCAUCAUGCUUGUCAUCUGGCAUCAUCGGCGACAACGUGCGCGGAGGAAGCGACUUGAGAGUUACACAAACUACCAAAAGACUAAUAAUGAAAAUGAGCAAAAUAUCCGAAGGUACCGGAAUCCAUUGUUUGGCACAGACAAGGGUGGUGGAACAUCAAAAAACAUCUCGGCAACAGAGUUGCGAGAUAUUGAUUUAGAAAAAUAUGAAAAAAGUCCCCGGAGAGAUCCGACCCAGACUGACUCGUCAACAGACUUUAAUGACUUCCGAGAAAAUACCCCUCCUCCGAAAACCUCUCACAAGAAGGAUAUCAACAUUGAGAUUGACAUCUCAAGGACUCUAGCCAGUGACAGAGAGGUGAUAGUGUAGAAGGUGUCCCAGUCAGGAUUUGGUGCAUUUCAUCGUCAUAGUGUUCAACAUUUCAUGGUCCAUUUUGUUCACGCUCAUUGCUCCACAGUAUUCAUGCUCAUUUCAUCGUAGACAAAGCCUAGAGCACUGUUUUGCCAAAGACGUUGGAAGAUUCUAGAUUUCAGUGUGCUUUGUGUUGGAAUAUGGUUUCGUGUUUUUACUCUCGUACUUGUAAUUCAAAUGUUCAAUCAACAUCAGAGAGACAGGGAUCUCAACCAUGAUCAUGUGACCACAGGACAGCCAAUCACAAUAUAUUUACAGGUCACAUGACAUGUAUCAGCCAGUUAUUACUGAGCACAUCUGUGGAUGUGUGUCUCCAGGCAGCAGACAUUUGCUUCUACAUUCAUCAUAAUCUCCUUAUAUGGAAUUAUAUCCAUUAUAUGGAAGUUCAACGAGUGAGAUGUUGUUGUGCCACCGUGGUUUCUGAUGUAAACACAAACAAGUUAGGAAGGAAUUCUUGGAACAAGUUGAAAAGACAUCCUUGAUGCCUUGAUGUUAAGAUGGCUUUUGAAUGCCAGUGUUUCGAAAUGGCAUUAUUUGAAGACUGGUAGAAUCAUUUCUUGUUACUGUGAAAUGGUACUUCAUUUCUACUGAGUUUAAGUUUAUUUGCUUCAGGCAACAUAACAUCAGGAAGAUGGAACAAAUUUUUCGUAAUGUUUUUUGGUGGGAUAAAAUGUUAUGGUUUUGGAACUUAUUUGAAACGUGUUUUGUUUCAAUUUUGCAUUGCAUGAGGAAAUUAUACAUAACUGUUUCCAGGAUAUUGGGAAGUAUGUGGAGUUAAAGAUGAAAUAAGUAAUUGAUAUUGGUUCUUAUUUUCCCUAUUUACCAGCAGAUAUUGACAAUGCUAUAUGUUUAAGUCAACCAUCAGUAUAGCAUUAUGGUUAUUAUGGUUUUUUUCCAGAGAAUGGGUGUUAUUACAUCCUCACUGUUGUUACUGUUGUUUUAGGAAUAAUAUUUAAAUUUUUUUACCUUUUUAAUUUGCAAGUGUAUAAUAUUCAUGAAAUGAACCAUAAAGACAGUUUUUGUUUUUGAAUUAAUUCAGGUUUUGAAUUUUAGCUAAAAAUGUAAAUUGUUACGCCUAAGAAAAAUUUGCAAGUUUUAAUUCUAUAUUUAUGAUUGUUCCAUGUUCUGAAUGUAUAUUAAUUAAAUACAUGUACUUUCUGUAAUUGUGAUGACCGGUAAAGCAUUUCUGCUACAUUGAUAUAUUUAUUUACAAAUGAUAUAUGUAUAUAGGGACACCAAGAGGAGUGGCUAGGGCUUCAUCUAUCAAUUUGAAAAUUUGUCCAUGAUGUUAUUUGGUUCAAAAUGCAAUUUCAGGAAGUGUUCAAGAAUAGAUCAAAUCUACUUUCUAAGGCCAGACUAAUAAUUUGUCUUAGGUUUACAGAUUUUGGUUGGUAGGUUAAAAACAUAAUAUGAACAGGAUUUUUUUAAUCAUAAAGUUUGAUUUGGAUCAGUAGGUGAUUUAAAAGUAAUGGGUUAUAACUGGAAAAAAUGUGGUUAUAUAUAAAAAUCCAAUGGAUUUUGUUCAUUGUAAAAGUGAUUUUUUACCAUCGGUAUUAAUGUUACCCUUAUCAUUCUAAUGUAAUUUUUUUUCUGAAUUUUCGAUUUAUAAGGUCUCGUAAUCAAGAAGAGAAAAGUCAGGCCGUAGAUUCUAAAUUUAAUGAUUCUGUGAACAUGGAUAAAGAAAUACAGUAUAUUUAUAAGCAAGCCAAAACUAAAAAAACACAAAACAAUCUGAAACCGUCUUAAGAUUUUCAAGAUUUUCUAGAUGAAACCCUAAAUCACCAUGAUAGUAACUAGCAACCUAUUUAUUAAGUGUAAAUUUUUAUUGGAAUGUAUAAUUAAUUUGUAUGAGGUAUGUUCAGAUUGUUCUGAACUGAAGCAGCUAAUGUGCUCCUUCCAUCUGAAUGGUUGAACAUUCUUUGACAUCAAAUAUGAUUUGAUGUGUAUCAGCCGUACUGAAACUUAGCCUUGUCUCAACAUGUGUUACUGAAACAAAACAGAAAACUUGGUGACGAGCUGUAGGGACAUGUUUUGGCUUUUCAGUGCUUAAGAUUGUGACAUCCCUUAUAAAACAUUUCCCAGUAACCACUGCCUACAUAUGGACUUGGGCAAACAGCCUACCAGGCAUAAAUUAACCUUGUUUAAAAACCAGAUACGGCCAGACUACCUGUGAAGAUCCGGGUUAGAAUUAGUUUUCAGCAACCCAUGCUUGGUGUAAGAGGCGACUAACGGGAUCGGAUGGUCAGGCUCGCUGACUUGGUGGAUGCAUGUCAUUGUAUCCCUAUUGAGUAGAUUGAUGCUCAUGAUGUCAAUCACUGGAUUGUCUGGUCCAGACUCAAUUAUUUUACAGAACGCCAUCAUAUAGCUGCAAUAUUGCUGAGUGUGGCGUUAAACAACUUACAAACAAAUCUAGGGUCAGAUUCAUUUUGGUGUACAGAUUUGAUCGGCCAAUGUUUCAACAUCCAGGAAGCGAAAUAUGUUAUGGCCAUGGUUGGUUCAAGGACAUUCAAAAAGUAAAAAAAAUUAAUGAUUAAAGAAUCAGGAUACUUUUGAGAUAUGUAAGGCGAGAAGUUUUGGCUCUUGGCAAGAACCUCAAAUUAAAAUGGAAACUAACAUACAGACAUUCAGGCAUAUAUCCCGUCAGGAACAUGGCUAGAAAUGUUGGAAUUUUUUUUCCAUUUGGAACAUUUUGGAUCAGCUUGUUCAACAUAAUAAACAUUAGUCUGUCAUUUGAAAGAACAACAUGCAUAUUGAGUGAAAUAACUAGAAUAUGUAUGUUGAACAUAAGACCAAGCUGUAUAAAAAUUUCAGAUUUUCCACUGAAUAUUCAGUUUCUCCGACAGCCUCACUGACUUGGUUGAUGCAUGUCAUUGUCUCCCAACUGCGUAGAUUGAUGCUCAUGAUGUCCAUCACUGGAUUGUCUGGUUCAGACCGUGGUACAGCUGGAAUAUUGCUGUGUGCUGCGUUAAACAACAAAUUAAGUCUCUCUGACUCAACACUCUCAUGAAGGUGUUUCCAGCCUGAUUUGUUCAGAAAAUCAAUAAAAUGAGAAAUAUAUUGAUCUCCUCUAAAUUAGAAAGAUAAUGUUCACAAAGGUUUAUUAUGAACACAUCUGUUGAGGAAGGGUAGUUUCAUGUGGGGCUUACAAGCAAUGGUCAGCGACACCAGUCGUUAAAAACUGACCUUCACCUUUAAACUGCUGUUUAUGGAAUUGUUUUUUUAUAUCACCAAAUUGAGUUUGUAUAUAUGUAAAUACAAGUGUACAUGUGCCGUUAUUUAUGGAGUGAGUGAAAUAGAUAUCAUCAGAAGUCAUUUCCGUCAGUAUUGUACAAACUGGGGUUCAGUACACUCUAAUGUAUUGUCUUGUGUUGAGAAUUCAGUCUGUGGAAAUCCAUACUGUUCUUAUUGGUAGUGUCAUAAUUCUAAAGGAUCCUGAGGGUACAGUAUCUUGGACCUCUUGUAUCGUGAUCCUGACAGUACGGUACCUCGGACGUCCUGUAUUGUGUUAGCUGUUUAGUGAUUAUACAGACUAGCUAAAUUAACAUGCUACUUUCCUUACUAAACAUUAACCCAACAUCAAACAGAAUUAUAAAAAUAGUUCACAUUUAAAAAGAAUUGAAGUCACAAUUGAAAUGCGAGAAACGGUUUGGGGGUAUUUUGGGAAUAGUUUGGAAGUGUCUCAUCAUUCUAGGGUGUAGCUUCUUUCUUUCAUCAGAAUUUUAAUAUAAGGUGCUUUAAAAGUUCUAUGAGAACCUGAUUAUGCAGCUGAGGUUAAGGAAAGAAUAACACUCAUGGCAUCUCAGAAGGUCAGCAUGCAGAUCUUGGUUUAUGGUGAAGUAAAUACAAUCAUAUCAGAUUAUGUUAGGUCCCAGUGAUGAUGAUGAAGCCCGCAAGAGGACAGCAUCAGUUGUAACCAUGUAUUUAUUGUACCCAGCGACUUCUUAAUCCCUCCAAAUAUUGUGCUGACUCGUGACUUUCCACGACAUGUUGUCCGCAAUUUGCCCGCAAGUUGCCAUGAUUAAUGCUUCUUGUUCUAACUAACAUUACAUGUUGUGAUGUGAACGUCUCUCGGAGCGGUCAACAACGUGUCUCGCCAACAACAGCGCAAACAGCAGCAGCAGCAGCAGCUAAUCCGUCGACUAAACAAAGGCAGCUACGUUCAUGACCAAAGACAUGAACCAUUGUCCCAUCAUUCGAUACCUAGUAUCAAACCACAAAUUUUGUUAUAUCCAUCAUGAGAAACAAGGGGAGUUAUAAACUUCAUUCAUGUUUUGUAUUUUUGAUGAUAGAAAAAAAUCUGGAAGAGAUUUUUCAUAAUGUCAAAAUUACGCCCACUUUGUCUUGUAUUGCCAUUACUAGGGAUCCUCGUUGACUGACGCUCUGAAUGCUGCACGUCAUCUCGUCAUCUCCAACAUGUAAUUGUAGCACUUGUCCCACAAUGCAAUGCUGAUUGUCCAGACUGUCUUGACCUUGGCAACGUGUUGCUUUGAUGUGUUGAUGGCCUAGCCAAAAUCUGCUUUAUCUGUCUUGUGAUGUGCAGCGUAGGAGACACCAUGGUAACAAUAUUGAUUGAGAUGCAGUCUUUACCAAUUUGUGGAAAUUUGUUAACAGAUGGAUAGUUACAAAGAGUAGCUUUCAAAACAUAUCAUGGGUGAAAUGUAUGCAAAUAAUACAAUUAGGAAUCUUUGUAUGUGUAAAAUUUCGUAAAAGUAUCGAUGCUAGUAAUAUGUUUAAGAAACUCAGCAUUGUAUAUUUAUGAUAGAUCUUGUAAUAAUUAUUUUACAAAAAUUGUAAUUUAGUUUUGAAGUCCACCUUCCUAUCUUCCACUGUGUCCCAUGCUACAGGAUGUCUUGUGAUUGGCAGUUGAUGUUUCAUGUUAAGUUGUCCUGUUGUCCUCAUCAGCGAUGUUGAAGCGAGCGUGUAUCAAUGUGUGUGUGUACUUAAUGCCUCAUCGAUUUAGUUACAUUUUGGUGAUAUAAUUUCAACAGAGAGUUGAAACUGCACGUCUUCAUCAAAAUAAAACAAUAAAAAUGUGAAGAUUA